AUGUCUAUACACACAAAACAACCGCAAGUAGAUUUAAGAUUUUUUGAACUUCCGGCCACGAUAGCUCUUAUAGAAGCUAUACGUAAUCCUUUGAUAAUUGAUCUAAAACAUAAAAAGUUCAAAAAAUUAACCUCACAAGAAUUAUCAAUAUUUCUUGGGAGAUUACAAAUAUUUCAAGAAGAAAAAUUAGGAACUCGUCUGAACAUUUCAAAAAAAAGCACAAUUCCAACAAAAAUACCCUCAAAGCUUUUCAAGUUUGGAUCAACAACUCUUACAACUAAAUCCCCAAUUUAUCAUAUAUUGAAAUCAGCAUAUAAAUUCAAAUAUUCAAAAAAAUGGGAUAAAUGGAAUUGGGACGAUGUAGAGGAUAUUAUGGAAAUGAUUACAAUGAUCAGAGGUGCUUUAAUAAAAAAGAAGAUAAUUAAGAUUCCAAUUAUACAAUUUAGUCAUUCACUUGAUUCAAAAACUAUCAAAAAGUUAAAAAAACUUGUUAAACGAUUAGGAGGUCAAGUUGCUGAUGAUGAUGAUCAAAAUGUUACACAUAUUAUUCAUAAAUCCAAUGAUUAUGAUGACCAAGAUGAAGAAUGGUUUAGAACACUGGAAAAGAAAGAUGGCAAAGUCCUUAUGCACUGGUGGUAUUAUCCUGAUUCUUAUGAUACCUGGGUCGAGGAAACAUCUGAGCACGCUAACCCGGAACCAGCACCUAUAAAUAAUGGUCCAUGGAAUGUUGGUAAGCGAUGGAUUAAUGAUAGUAUUAAGUUUAAUGAGUGGAUGAACGAAGAAGAUUAUGAAAUUUCUGACUUGGACAAUGGCGAAAAUGCAGAAGAAAAUAAAGAGGCAGCAAUCCAACAAUUAGAUCAGUUGGAAGAUUCAACUAAUUCUGCAAACAAAACGAAAAACAAUAUAGAAUUUUGUCCAGAUGAAGUUGGUGAAGCAAAUUCUCCUAAACAACAAAAACGUACCUUAGACCAAAUGGAAGAGUCAAAUCCUGUGCAUAAGACAGAAAACAACAUCCAAUUUCAUCCAAUAGUAUCAUUAAAGCGUCCUAGAGUAAAAUCGUCUGGAGACAAAGUAACAUUUAAUAGUCCUAUCAUUAAUGGUAUUGGUGUUAAUAAUAUUUCGAAAGGUGGCCAGGUUGAUGAUGAUAGGAUGGAGGAUAUGAGAUAUAACAAUGAUAUUUCAACAACAAAUCAAGAUCAUAAUGAAAAGGUCAAUGGAGUGCCUUCGCCUCAAACUGAUGAAUACUUAAAAGACAAAUAUACAAUGACAACCGAUAACACACCAACACAAGAAGCAUCCACAAGCAAUCACAGUUUGGUUAACAACUCAACAGAAAAUGCCGAAAAGAUAAAUUCGAUUAAAAUUGAAGAUCCCAACAAAAAACUUUAUGAUGAAGCUAAUGGAUAUUUAUCAGAACAAACAUAUGAAAUAACAAUACCGUCUUAUUCAGCAUGGUUUAAUUUCAACAGAAUUCAUGAAAUUGAAAAGGAGGCCAUGAUAGAAUAUUUCAAUAACAAAAAUAAAACUAAAACCCCUGAAAUCUAUAAAGAAUACAGAAAUUUUAUUAUCAAUACCUAUCGUCUUAAUCCUCGAGAAUACUUGUCAGUUACUGCAUGCCGUAAGAAUUUGCCAGGUGAUGUUUGUGGAAUUGUUCGUAUCCAUGCAUUUCUGGAACAAUGGGGAUUAAUCAACUAUCAGCCUGAGUUUGAUACAUACAAUUCUUCUGUUGUGCCUCCAUUUACUGAAAAUUUCAAAAUUACAGCUGAUAUGCCUAGAUGCCUUCGAUCCUUUUCUCAAAAUAAUACUUGUAUUGAAAUUGUUAAUACCACUCAAAAAACACCAAAUAUCAAAAAACCUUGUGAUAUUUUGGAUUCUUCUUAUAAUUCCAACCCAAUUUUGGUUGUUCAAAAUAUUUAUAGACGCGAUAACACUAAGACUAUCAACAACACUGGUGAGGAUAUAUCUGAUCAGAAAAGGAAAGGAAAGGCUUGUGGAAUUGAAGAUUUUGAGCAUUGUUAUUGGUCUGAUGCUGAAACUUUAUUGCUUUUCGAGGGAGUAGAAUUACAUGGUGAUAAUUGGAACAUGGUAUCCCAACAUGUUGGUACACGAUCUAAGGAACAAUGCAUUGUGCACUUUCUGGAACUACCUGUUAAAGAUCCCUUGGAAUUUACUAAAUCUUCAAAUACAAGGUUAUCAUCAUUUGAUCCUUACAUGCCAUUCAGUCAAACAAUUAAUUUAGAUGUAGAAAUAGGAGCAUUAUCAAAAGAUUCAAAUUUGUUCAUGAAAUUAUUUAAUAAUGAAGAAAAGCCAACAAGUGACACGAAUGGUAAAAUUUCGGGUGUUGCCUCUUCACUUUUCAAAAAAUCACCAUUUGUCAAAAAUAAUAAAGGUUUACAAAUUUCCAAUCAAGAAGUUAAUCUUUGUCUAACCUCUGAUAACGAUGAUACUAAACAGCAUCAGAAAAACGAAAAGCGCUGUUUAGCAAAUUCUAUAAUGGAAAAUCGUUUUAAGAAGCUUGAACUUAGACUCCAAAGAUUUGAAGAAAUGGAAAGUUUAAUUGAGGAAAACAAAAGAGAACUACAAGAACAAACUAAUGCUUUGUAUCGCAAACAACCAGAAGUUUCUGAGCUUUAUGAUCCACAUCACCCAAAACAUUCUCUUGGAAAGUCAGAACAAACAGGUGUACCUCCAAGAGAAGGACCCAGUAAAAUUCAGAUGGUUCAAGCUACAAUAGACAAUACAAAAGGCGAAAUACAAAAAACUCUUCAUGAAAUGGCCAAGAAAGGAAAAAAAUUAGAGGAGCUAGAAGAACAGACGAUGAUGUUAAAUGAAACCACAACUGCAUUUAAAGCUCAAACAAAAAAAUUUAUAUAUUUACAUGUUUUGGCUACAAGACAUCCAUUACCUUCAAUAACAUUAGAAAACAAUUAUAACAUAGUAAUUCCUGAUAAUCGGUAA